CAAACAUUGUAUUCAUCAUGGCGUCGUGCAGCAGAGCCCAAGUGAUUUCUCUCUACAGGAUGCUUAUGAAAGAGAGUAAAAAAUUCCCCUCCUACAAUUAUAGGACAUACGCACUUCGCAGAGUGAAAGAUGGCUUCCGUGAGAAUCUUCAGGUUGACAACCCUAAAACACUUGAUAUGCUAAUAAAUCACGCUAGAGAAACUCUGGCAAUCAUCAAGAGACAGGCAACUAUUGGCCAGCUGUAUUCUGCGCAGAAGACCAUUGUUGAGAAGGAGCAUGAUUUACCUUUAUAGGAAUUGUCUUCGGCACCAAAAAACAGUGCCUAUAUAUAUAUAUAUAUAUAUAUAUAUAUAUAUAUAUAUAUAUAUA